AUGAUACUUAGCAGAAUUAUUGGAAGGACUAUAUUACGGGCACCGAGGGUGAUAAUGCCAACAGUGCGGCCUUAUUCAGCCCCGGGAAGCCCAUUGGAUCCCUCGAAGGAACCCACUCUCAACUACUUCCAAAACCGAGCACCUCCUCCCCAGAUGGACCCGCAAUUGGCCCAUUAUUACAAGAAACCAGCCAGAGAACACAAGAAUAGGUUUGUUCUAGUGGGAUUGCUUGUUGGAAGCGUAUAUCUGGCUUAUGAGCUGUUCUGGCCGAAGCACACGUUUCCAUCUCCGGUUGCCAAAACGCUAAGACUGGCGUUGUGGGCUGAAAGUGACAAGGAAAAUCACAACUAUGCGAAAGCAGCGGGUCUGUAUAUCCAAGCGUUGGAAGAAAUGGAAGAAUUUGAAAUGGACAAAUGUUCUGAUGAGUACACAGGUGUUGAGCUCAAGCUCAUGGAGAUGUACCAGAAGACCUCAGAUACCGCGAGAUGCGUUGCUGUUUUGAACCAAAUAGCAGAUCGCUAUUUUGAUAGGAUAUAUGGGUUCGUGAAAGAUAGCGCGGAUGAAGACGAAGAGCUCAUCAGACACUACAUGGAGAAAGAUCUAAGAGUGGUGUUUCUGCUAGGAGAGACUUGUCGUCCAGACGUGGCAUUGGAGAUUCUUUUGAAGCACCUUAUUCUAGCUGAGAUGCUGGUAACGAGAUUCCCACCUCUGUUUGAGGUGAUGAGACCCCAGAUGGACAAGGAGAUGCACUGGAUCACGGAGCCGUUUCAUGUGUACGAUAAGUCGGACUCCAUAAAAGCGUACAACGAUAAGCCCUCCAUCUUAAUUCAGAAUAGUGGAAUCUCCUAUUCGGGUAAAAUGGACUCUGCCAAAUCUGUUCUAUUCACCGAGCCCUGGAUGCCGUUUCGUGAUACCUUCUUCAUGUGUCGCCUGCAAUACGAGAGACUGUGUAUCUUGACCAAUGACUACGACAAAUACUUUACAUCUGCGGUGAAGACGAUCGAAUGGAUGGCACUAUCGCGCACUAUGGAUACGCAGAUCUUGAUUGCCCAAUUGAACCUGGCUGCCGGACUUUUCACUUGGUCGUUAUUGCUGAAGCAGAAGGCCGAGGUCAUUGCUACCAAAAGCUCCGAACUGUCUGAAACAGUAGAGAGUUUGUCCCAGAAACAACAGGAGGUUUCCGAAUCUCUGAUCCAUGACAUUUUGAAGUACGGUGGUUUGGACGAGAUUAUCCAGGCCGAGGCCAAAUUACAGCUGGGAAAUAUUGCAUUGGCCAGAGGACAGCUUGGCAGUGCAGAGAAACUGUUGAAGGAGGCAAAAUCUCAGGCCGUAAGGCUCAAGAUGGAGUCGACAUUGCACCAUAUUGGACUUGCCUUUGAGGCCUUGAGAGCAAGUAAAGAGGACGAGGCUGGUUCGAGCGAGAAGAUCAAGACAAUCGAGCCAAGUGAGCCAAUCACGUCCAAAGAUAUACAGGAAUGA